ACAUAAAGACUACAACCCCCACAAUCCAUCGUUCUAACUAUUGCGUUGAGUGCGUGCCCUCGGAGGGUAGAUACACUGUCAAAUCGUGCAGCCGGCCUCGGCGUUGGUUAGAGGGUGAGUCAGGAUGGUGGACCAGCCUGUGUGGGAACAUAUAGGAUCCAGCUUCGUGUCGCACUACUAUCAUUUGUUUGACUCCGACAGAACGCAACUUGGAUCCAUUUAUACUGAUGCAUCAUGCCUUACAUGGGAAGGACAACAGUUUCAGGGAAAAAGAGCAAUUGUUGAAAAACUCAGUAGUCUCCCCUUCACAAAGAUAGCGCAUAGUAUAACAGCGCAGGACCACCAGCCGACUCCAGACUGCUGCAUCUUGAGUAUGGUUGUAGGACAGCUAAAAGCAGACGAUGACCCCAUCAUGGGUUUCCAUCAGAGUUUCAUUCUGAAGAACAUUAACGAUGCAUGGGUGUGCACCAAUGACAUGUUUAGGUUGGCCAUUCACAACUUUGGCUAGCCCAAACCCUCACACUCUGGUGGGCGGGGGUGGCCAUAGUGAAGGGCACUUUGUGAUGGAUUAUGGAGGGAGGGAAGUGAGGAGUUGAGGAUGGAAAUAAGAGAGAAAACUCAUCCCUCCCUCCUGCUGUCUCAUUUACGCCUGUUUGAAAAAACAAUCAAACACUAGAUGUCAAUCACUGAACUUCAUCUAAGUGGGUUUUAGGACAAGCUCAGCCAGUAAAAUUGCAACGUGUUUCUUUGCUGAGAGCCGGCCGACCAAUCAGAUGCCCCUGUCUGCCACUCUGCUGACCUGCAUGACGCUGGGAGCCUCCCAUUACAAUGUCUACACUCAAGUCACCAAAAAGACAACAGCUGACUUGCGCCAAUAACUCAUACUCUGCUCUCCGCCGUUCUUUAGUUAUUUCUAACUCAUUCAACUCUGUUGUUAACUGAUCUGUUGUUGACUGGCUUCCAAAUACAUGUUAAGGUUUAGAUUUGGCUUCUACAGUUCCCACUUCUUGUAUUGUAAGUUGUUUUUAGAUGCCACUUAUGUGUUGCCUUAGUGGGUUUAACUGAGUUUUUAUUUUCCUUUACAUACUGGUAAUUGUUUACUUUGCCAUUUUUCAAUUUCCCAUGCCAGGUUUUGCUCUUGCAAACCAAAGAAUCAUAGAUGACAAACAUCUGACCUUCUCGUGUGAUUGGCUCUGUUCCUACAUAUUUACUAAGUCUGUCUCUCACUCUUCUGUCUUUCUCUUUUACAUCCCAUGUCAGGCAGUUACAUGGUGAACAACCACAAAAGACAAUAAAAUCUGGACUUUUUCUUAA